UCCUUCGGGAGUGUGAGGUCCAGCUGGAGGUGAGCCAGCAUCGGGCAAUCUCUCCGCUUCCUGUUUACAUUUCAAAUCCGGGACCGGAGUAACUCACUCACAGUCCCGAGCAAAGAUGGCCUCUCGUGAGGAAGAAAAUCACAUCAGAAAUCUGAACGAAUUCUCGAAACAAGCAAUUGACGAAUGUGAAGAACUGAUAAAAGAAAAUGAGAGAAUAAGAGAUCAGAAUGCAAAAUUGAUUGAAGAAAAAAAUUAUGCUAUUCAUCAACUGAAGGAGUUUCAUAGGGUUUCACAGCUGGUGAUUGAGGAAGUCGGUACCGUACAAAACCACCUUGACAUUGGGAAAAGUUGCCGUGAAAGUGCAGAAGUAUUUGCUUCAAAGCUGGACAAAGACAACAAGUUUCUUAAAAGAAUCAGCAUGUUGUACAUGGCACAACUUGGAAAGGAGACCAUCCCUCUAAACCUGUCUUUAGAUGAGGAUUCAGCAAUUGAUACGACAAAUACAACAUUAGACAAAGAUGCCAGAUGUUCCUCAGUUGACUGCCAACAGCAAAUUCAAGAGCUUCGAAAUGAGUUGAUAUCAACACUGGAAGAGAAGAAGCAGCUAUCCUUUCAGUUGGAAAACCUGAAAGGUCUUUGGGAGGACCUAACUGAUAAAUUACAGAAGGAAGAACAGAGAAAUAUUGAUCUGGCUGCUGAAAUUGAUAAGCAGAGUCAACUUCUAGCCAAGUACAACAAAGUUUCUAUUUUGGCCCUGGAGGAAUAUGAUGACCUGGAAAAAAGUCUGGAUUUGGAGAAGGAUCUCCGAAAGGAGGCAGAGACCUUUGCGCGUGAGAUGCUUUUGGAACAAAAAAAACUUAAAAGGCAAAGUCAAAUUCUUAUUGAAAAGAUGGUGCCUAACGAGCAGUUGAUGAAAGCGCUUGAUGACCUUGCUGUUGUCACAGAGACUAUAGAGGAGGAGAGAAUUCUGCAUGAGAAAAAGCUAAAUGAGAUGCAGGAAAAAUUAGAUGAUUGCACCCUAAAGAAGGAAGUAAAGUCACUGAUGAAACAGCUUGAGCUUCUCAAAGAAGACAAAGAAGAACUUGAAGUAAAAUGCCAAAAUUAUUCCCAGCAAGUAAAAGAUCUGAAACACACCAUUGAUGAGCUACAGAAGCAGAUCCAACAAGCAGAAAAGCCAAUGCCAUCAUCGCCUCCUCCUCCUCCACCUCCUCCAGUGCCAUCACCCACUUCAAGUCCACUUAAAAAUCUUAUGAUGAUCAUUUGUCAAAGACAGAAAGCAUCCAAUUUGUCUGGGGUUGGAAAGGCUCUAUCUGAAGAAGCAGGAAAACCUUUAGAAGAUCUGAAAAAACAAGCAGUUGAUGAAAUGAUGGAGAGAAUUAAGAAGGGUGUUCACCUGCGGAAAGUUGAUCAUACCAACAGGAUUCGACUGAAUAAGAAUGAACCUCCGGAAGAAAAUGCUCUCCAAGAACUGAGAGCAAUGUUGAAAUCUAGUAAAGUUGGAACACUGACAACCAUUACUCAGGUUACUGAAGAAAAUGAGCUGGAAAGAGUUCUUCGACACAGAAAGGCAGCAACAGAAAGUAAUGCUACUGAUGAGUUCUCAGGAAAAUCUGUUUAUAAUCCAUAGCUAACGAUUUUUAUCCAAGUUGGGCCAUUUUCUUCUACUUAUGGCACAGUGAAUAAAAGUGUUUCAUCACUCAUAUUUUCUUUGGUGUACCUUUUGCAACCUUAAAGAGCUAAACCAAAUUUUCAGCCUUUGGGAACUUAAGAUUUAUGUACUAAUAUAACACCAAUUUUCUGAUUUUAAGGAUUGUAAACCAUAUUUUCAUUUAUAAAUUAACAGCUUUUCAUUUAACAAAGUAAUAGAAAAGUAAAAAAUACUCACCAGAUAGUUCACUUGUCAAUUUUAAAAAUUAGCCAACAGUUAUUUUUCACAAACAGCUGACUGAAUGGCUUACCUUUCUUGACUAAAGGUAGUUAUAGACAGCCUAGUAUUAUAAUAAGAUAUUAUGAUCAGCAUUUCUUAUUUGCCUUCAGGAAAUUACGCCAGGUUUACUGAAUUCAAACCAUUAGCAGGCAUGCAAGUACAUUUUUGUUUCAAUACUUGUGCUUUCAAAACAUUGAGACUUUACCCUUAAAUCACUCCACUAUGUUGGUGUAAAGUCUGGGCUAUGCUGCCAUCUUUCAUGCUCUGAUCCAAAGACUGUUUUUGCAUACUGAAUUUUCACGCAAUAACUGCCUGAUGGUAACUAUAUACUUUGUAUGAUUUCUUUUGACUCUUAGUAAUAUUCGUUGCAUUCUACCACCCUCGUGGUCAGUCUUCUAAGAUUUUUCAGGCAGUUUUUAGCAAGCAGUAUCACUUACACAAUAUCCAUUUGAAUAGAGGAAGAAAAUGGGCUUCUGCUUCACAUUGCCUGGUACUAAAUAUGUGCAAAAAUAGGAGAGAAAUGAGAAUCCAACACUUAAUUACGGUACUGAACAUCUUUCUUCUUGGAAAUCUUUUGAUAAAAUUGAAAGCACUAACUAGGGUUAUAAAUCAAUUUUUUUCCCAAAAAAUGGUAUAAUUCUCCAUUUCAAAGAACCUAAUUAUAGUGAUGCUAUGCAUGAAGAAAUUUUAAAAUUUAAUUAGAUUGGAAUAUCUAAUUAAGAAAAUAUACAGGACAUGAUGAAACCCAAAAGGUUUUGUUGACUUAACAUGAAGCAAAGUGAGAAAAAAUGAAUGCUGUGACAUAUGUUGUGACUUCAAGUGUCUUAUUAACCCCAAGUCUAAGGUGAAUGUUUCAGUAGGCUUAUAUUAGAAGCAUUAACUUUUCUUUCAAAACCAAAUUGUUUGUUUUUAAGUCGACUGAGAGUAAUUGUUCCAUCUGUCAUAUAUGAGGAUUUUGGAUAAAUUGUCAGAACAAUAAGUACUAAGUAAAUGGGAUCAACUUGUUGCUUUGGGCAGUCAUCAGUAAUUGAAGCUUUGGUGCCUCAUACUGUUGAGAAAUAAAUCUAGCUUUUACAGGUGUGUGCCACUCAAAGAUUACAGGGGGAGUUAAAAGGGGUUAGGUCAGCACAAAUGGAAACGGAAAUUACUUGCCUAUCCAAGUCUUGUUAUGGUGUUGCUGUAUUCUAUUCAAGCAAUCUAUUUUUAUUUUCUGACACACAUCUAAGGAUUUCUGAAAAAGUAUGAUAAAUCAUUAAAGAAAGGGGAAAGCAGAAAGCCCAUCCAAAUAUUUUUUAUUUCAAUACAGAAGUUUUGUACCUUUUGGACUUAACUUGCUGAACUGAGGUCAUUAAAAUGAUCACAGGAUGUAUGACAGAGAGUGUUCUGUUUUCUAUCUUUUUAAACUAAUUUUUUCCCAUAGUUCAUUGAUGAGCAGCAAUACUGUUGUACAGUCACUGAGAAAGAGGGGUAAAUUUAACUUGCUUAAGUGAGAGUUUCUUGAAGUUGUCUUUUGUCAACGUGCUCAGGUUUUUGCCUACUCUUUAAAGAUUAGAUUUUAAUAACUGUUCCAAAGUGGCUAUGGUACCAAAGUUUUGAUCCUCUGUAUAAUUUAUUUUGUUGUAUGAAGUACAAAUUACCUUAACGGAAAGGAAAUGAAAUAAACCUGUGCAAAUGCAGGCACAAUACAUGAUAAA